AAAGUCUAAGGUUGGAUCAGGUGAGUAGUUGAAGUGCAACAUUUCCAGAAGCUGCAUACCAUUGCAUGAGGAAGUUCAUGAAUUUCCUGUUCGUUUCAUGCUGGAAUUAAAGAAGGUCAGAGUGGACAUGGUGUCUCUGUGGUGUGUGUUGGCUCUGCUCACCUCUCUGUCUCCAGAGGCUUCAGGAACUAAUCCCGGAGUUAAAGUGAGACUCACUCAAAAGGGGCUCGAGUAUGGCCAUCAGAUCGGCCUCAUUGCUCUACAGGAGAAACUUAAAACCAUCAAAAUCCCAGACCUGAGCGGCUCGGAGAAAGUGUCUCUCAUCGGUAAAGUCUCGUACAGUCUGACAGGAAUCCAGAUCCUAAAUCUCGGGUUGCCCAAGUCAGCUGUAGGGUUGGUACCUGGCACCGGGGUGAGUCUGUAUAUCGGCGACGCCUACAUUAAGCUGCAUGGCAACUGGAGAGUCAAAUACCUCAAAAUCGUAAAGGACAGCGGAUCGUUCGACUUGUCCGUUAGCGGGCUCAGCAUCAGCGCCACCAUCGGUGUUAAAAGCGACGACACGGGGCGUCCGACGGUCAGCUGCGCUAACUGUGCAGCCUCUGUUGGCAAUGUCAACAUCAAGUUUCAUGGAGGUGCCAGCUGGCUGUAUAAUCUGUUUAAGGACCACAUCGAUAAGGCUCUGCGCAGUGCACUACAGAAACAGAUCUGCUCUCUGGUGCCUGAAGCCAUAGACGAGAUGAAUCCCUAUCUGAAAACUCUAAAUGUUCUUGCACGAGUUGACAAGUACGCUGAAAUCGAGUACUCCAUGGUGGACUCACCGCUCAUUUCUAAUUCCAGCAUUGAUCUCAGUUUAAAGGGGGAGUUCUACAACAUCGGGCAGCAUAAAGAGCCCCCGUUCUCCCCUACACCCUUCUCCCUGCCCCCUCAGGACAGCAACAUGCUGUAUAUCGGAUUAUCAGCCUUCAGCCUGAACUCAGCCGGCUUCGUGUACAACAACGCCGGAGUGCUCAGCCUCUACGUAACAGACGACAUGAUCCCUUCCAGUUUUCCGAUUCGACUGAACACAAAGACAUUCGGGACCUUCAUUCCACAAAUUGCUAAGCAGUACCCUGGCUUGAUGAUGAAGCUCCUGGUGAAGGCGGCGAAGGAGCCGAGUAUCUCAUUCGAGUCAAAUAAUGUGACGUUGCAAGCAAGCAGUACAGUUACAGCCUACGCUAUCCAGCCCAACACUACACUGUCUCCUCUCUUCGUCCUCAACCUGAAUGCCAGCGUGAGCGCUCAGAUUUACAUCAGCGGCCUCAAAGUGUCUGGAGUUUUGAGUCUCAAUGAAAUGGACAUGGCAUUAGUGACGAGCUACGUGGGACCAUUUCAGGUGAAAUUGCUCGACAGUGCUCUCACAAUGAUCUUGAAAGUUGCUGUGAUACCCAAGGUUAACGUUUACUUAAAGCAGGGUUAUCCUCUACCUACCAUUGGAAAUAUGAAACUGGUCAACACUCAGCUUCAAAUCCUGGAGGAUUAUGUGUUGAUCGGGACAGACGUCCAGUUCAGUGACCGGCCCUUACGUGAUGUCUACUAACAGUAGAACGUUCUUCGUUUCUUUAUAACAAUGGAUGACUUUUGUAGAAAUUCAUAAAUAAACGCCUGAUAUUUCAAUGUC